AUGCAUUUCCUUCUUUUUCGCCAACCUUUUUCUUUCUUUCUUUCUUUCUUUCUUUCUUUCUUUCUUAAUACUAAAUCGUAUUAUUUCACCAUGUUUUGCAAGCAUGGAGAGGAACUUCAUGACAGAAAUAGAUAUCUCAUCAUGACAACAAAGUGUCAAGUAGUUGAACAUCUAUCUAUCUAUCUAUCUAUCUAUCUAUCUAUCUAUCUAUCUAUCUAUCUAUCUAUCUAUCUCUAUCUCUCUCUCUCUCUCUCUAUCUUAGCUAGCUAUCUAUCCUUCGUUCUGUUUCUUAUCUAUCUAUCUAUUUUCGAUACUAUCUAUCUAUCUAUCUAUCUAUCUAUCUAUCUAUCUAUCACAAUCCAUACAUUAUCUAUCUAUCUAUCUAUCUAUCUAUCUAUCUAUCUAUCUAUCUACGUGGCAAUUUUAUCUCUCCCUUCUUCUCUUCUUUCUUUUUUUCUUCUUUUUACACUUCAUCAUUUUGGCCUUUCUUCUUUCUUCUACCUUUUUUUUUUUUUACCAAUUUUUCAUCCUCAAUACUCGUCACGAAAUCUUUCACGUUUUCUUUUUAUCACUCUUCAUUUCCACCUCUUCUUCACAUUUUCUCUUAGUGUCUUUUACUCUUUCCUUUUUUUUUUAUCGAACUUUUCGAUUUUCAUUCUCAUAACUUAUAUUAUUCAUUAUCUUCCUCCUUUUCUUCUCGUUUCUUUUUUUCAAAUUUAUUUCUCUGAAUAUCCCAUAAUUUUUAUUGCGUUUCUCAAUUUUCUCAUUUUCCAACUUUUUCUUUCUCUCUAUCUGCCUCUGCGCUUUUUACCUCCCUCGACGUUGACCAUCGUUUGA